AUGCCGGACAAAGAGCACAUAAGUACCAACUCUUUUGGAUCCAUCUCUAAACAUCUGAAUAAGGUACAGUAGAGUCUUCUGAAUGCAAAAGUGAGACUUCAUCAUUACAUAUCAUAAUGACUUAGUUUCACCAUCAAACAUUGUCCACUAUCAAUAUCCAAAAUCAUCCAAAAAGCAAUGUGUGACUAUGGGAGUAACCAUGUAAUAUUGGCAACCCAGAGACAAAAUCUAGCAUAAACGACCACCGUCUGGGUACGAGAGAUUAGAACCACUUUAUGUGAAGUGAAUAUCAUCCAGAUUGAAAACUGUUGUGAAUGGAAGAGUGAUAGUGGGUGGUAAAAGGAUGGUUAUUUCAACCUAUUUACGUGCUGCUUACAUGGGCCCUGAUCUAACAACAUCCUCUUUAGUUACCAGAAGCUCUAAAUAAGUCUGGAAUGUCGAGUUUGUUUAAAGUUUGACUAAAUAUAAACAAGGCAGCAGCUGAGACCUCACUUCCGUUUGUGUGCAUCAUGUCCUAAAUAGUUCCCGUUCCACCUUAACUAAAUUGUGACUUCCUUACCUCCAUACAGAUAACAUGGUGCUAUUCUGGGGUUUCAUGAUUUAUUACGGCUUGGGCUUUGUUCCUGGUUUUUUUCCCAGACCAGCCAAAACAUGUGCACUAUAUAUAACUACAAUGAUAGUAUAAUUUUGUUGUUGUUUUUUACCGUGGAAGUUGUUAGCAAGGGUGUCAGUUGGGUAUGGCCCAACACCAACAAUUUAAAAUGGGCUACUAAAAUCAUUCCAAUCCUGAUUUUAUAAGCAAAUGCAGUUCAGCAGUAUUAGCGGGCUGACUUUAGGACCAUGCGAACGCCUGGGAGCGGGAGGGAAGGCUGGUUGAAUGGCUGGCUGGCUUUAUAGAGAGCGCAUCUAUACAGCUGUCACUUUGCCAUACCCUAGGUUUAGCUGAAAUGACACCCCUGGUUGAUGGUGGUAAAGGCUACAUCUUCACAAGGGCCUAUUCUCUGUCAUCAUUGAUAGGGAGGGAAAUGUGACCAUUCACUAAAGUCUGUAUCGUGUGUCAUACAAUCUCAAAUGUUCUUAUCAUCCCGUUCUUCAUUUUGUGCUUUUAUUUUGAAAUCCAUGAUGUCUCCGUGUGUGUGUGUGUGCGUUUUCCAGUCAUUGUCAUUUCAUUUUACUUUUCAGAAAUCCUUCACAGAAAGCCCAGCCAAACCCCAUCCUAAAUCAAUUUCUCAGGUAGUAAAGACCAUCACACCAGUAGAGGCCAUCUCUGUAGCUGUCCAUUGAUCUCCUUCACUCUCCUCUAUUAUGAGGCUCUGCCUCUAUUCCAUCCUUCCUUCUUCUCCCCACAGGUCCCAUCUGAGAAGAUCAUGCGAGCAGGGAAGGUUCUACGUGAUGCCAUCCUCUCCAGAGCUCCCCACAUCAUCCGAGACAGGAAGUACCACCUGAAGACAUACAGGUGGGUUGGAAUAUCUCCUGUACCAUGUACACCUGGUACACUCAUAUCACAGUACGUGUACAUCUGUCUGUGGUUAUGUGUGUAUUGGUUAUGUCUGUUUUUUGCUGUAUGUAUUUCCUGAUGGGAUGUGUAUAUCUCCUGCAGGCAAUGCUGUGUGGGAACAGAGCUGGUUGACUGGCAGAUGCAGCAGAGCUCCUGUGUUUACUCUCGCGUUCAAGCAGUGGGCAUGUGGCAGGUGCUGCUGGAGGAAGGCGUUCUCAACCACGGUGAGCCAGAACUGUCCAGUAGACAGUACUAAGAGUAACCUCUCUGUCUGUGUGUGUGCAUGUGAACGCCGGUCCAUUUCUAAACCCUCUGUGUGUUCUGUCUGUUUGUUGGUUGCAGUGGACCAGGAGCUGACCUUCCAGGACAAGUAUCUGUUCUACCGUUUCCUGGAUGAUGAGCAGGAGGACGCUCCCCUGCCCACUGAGGAGGAGACCAGGGAGAGCGAUGAGGAGCUGCAGGAUACCCUCGUCCUCCUCUCCCAGAUCGGCCCUGACGCACACAUGCGCAUGAUCCUGAGGAAACAGUAAGGACCAAUCACAGAGAUCGCCACCUGCGGGUAGGAUGUAUGCAGGUCUGGAAGGUUCGGGUUAGGAAAGAUAAAUGAGAUAUGUAAGCAAAGUGCAAAGCUGAUGUGAAGGUCCUGUUCAAAGUGAAUCAAUUAGAUUGUAACCAAGGUCAAAUUAUUUCCCCUUCCCCAGGCCAGGACAGAGGACAGCAGAUGAUUUGGAGAUCAUUUAUGAGGAGCUGCUCCAUAUAAAAGCCUUAUCGCACCUGUCCACCACUGUGAGUGCAGAUUCGGUUACAUUCGUAACGCAUUUUAGGCCUGUAUAUGAUGUCAACCCUGUAACCUAGCUGUGUUUUCCCCCCUGCUUCUACAGGUAAAGAGGGAGUUAGCCGGAGUCCUGAUCUUUGAAUCCCAUGCCAAAGCAGGAACAGUGUGUAAGUAGUUUAACACUGCCUCCAUGACCAGAGUUCAACCACUUUAACUUCAUAAACUUUGCACGCUAUUCAUUGAUUUAUAAAUGCAUUUUCUAUAUGGAGGCAGAAAGAAAAUCCCGGAUUAUGUAGUAAAUCCUUUGUGGUUUCUAUUUCUGUAACUCAUUGCAUUGAGAUGCAUUCCUGGAGAUGUUUUGUUGGAAAAUAUCAGUUUUGAUAUGUUAUCAUUUUCACUUACAGUGUUCAAUCAAGGGGAGGAAGGCACAUCGUGGUACAUCAUUCUAAAGGGCUCUGUAAACGUUGUCAUUUAUGGAAAGGUAAAAUAAGAUUGUUCAAAUGUUAUUUGAAUCUCGCAUCUCAUACAAUUCAUCCCCAUUUGAUCAGUAUUCAGCUAAUCACUAUAGCCAAUUAUAGAAAAUAUGAGAGUGGAUAAAUUACAUAGCAGAUGUAAAAGUAUUGUAUGCUGUCCCUUUAAGGCACAGACAUUCUUUGUUUGCUUAUUCUUGUCCUGUUUCACAUAGGGGGUUGUUUGCACGCUGCAUGAGGGAGAUGACUUUGGGAAGCUUGCCCUGGUCAACGAUGCCCCCCGCGCCGCCUCCAUUGUCCUACGAGAGGAUAACUGCCACUUCCUACGUGUGGACAAGGAGGACUUCAACCGGAUCCUCAAAGUGAGUUAUCUGGGGAAGUUCUGUUUGUCCUCAAAGAAGAUAGCAUGGCCCCCUACACCUCUCUGUCUACUAAGCUCAGUGAAAUUCCACUUUAUCUGUAUUCAAUGGUAUAGUCUCACUCUAUUGGUUGAGAUUCGGUUCAACAUUGCAGCUCCUAAAUAAGAGAGGUGUAAACGUUCAUCAGAAUGAUGCAUACAAUAACCAGUUGUAUCAGUUAAGAGUCAAGUCCCCGUUUUCGUGUAUAAUGUAUAUAUAAUUGUUUUAAUGAUAGACUACUAUCAACUUUGUGGUUCAAUGGAGACAGUUGUUUGUAGGAGAGGUACAGUAUAAACGCUAAAGCCAAACUGUCAGCUGUCAGUCUCUUAGUCCAAAGGCCGGCAGAUGGCGAUAUUGAGACGUUUCCAUCUUACCGUCCAAAUGCAUUGUAUGCAGCCGGUAAUACACUCGUAUCCCCUGUGGACCGGUUCGUACCUAAAAAUUCUCCAUUCAGGCUGCAAAGGCGUUGAUUUCCUCCUGAACCACCAUGCUAAAGUGGUUAAUACCUAGGAAGGAAUGCUAGUCCCGGAUGUUGCGUGUUGCGUUCAGCCAAUCAGGUUGCAGCAGUCUGAAUGCAGAGCGCAACAUCAGGAAGUAGCAUUAGCCACUAGCAUGGUGGUGGAAAAUGGUGUUUCAUAAAGAAAGUACGCAUUUUUCCCCCAUUUUUUUCCUCCUUCUCGUCAUUAAAUCUAGUUCAGGAGGAAAUCGAUGCCUUUGCAGCCUGAAUGGAGAAUGUUUUAGGUACGAACCGGUCCACAGGGGAUACGAGUGUAUUACUGGCUGCAUACAAUGCAUUUGGACGGUAAGAUAAAACCAUCAAUACUAGAUCAAUAUCGCCAUCUGCCUCCGUUUGGGCUAUCGGUCUCUCUACAUUCUCCCUCCACAGCCUAUUGUUUAGCCCCGCCCACGUGCAGCCUGCAUUGGACUUUGAUAGGACAUCAGGGUCUUCAUUGUGUGUACAGAAAAGCGGAUGGAUGAUGGAUAUCUGUGUGAUCCACAGAGGCAGACCCUCUGUAUGAGGCUCAUUGAGUCCUCCUCCUCCUCUGUAAAUCUCCUGUUGGCUUUGGACUGAUGGGCUGCUGGACAACACAGUUGCAUCCCAAACUGCACCCUAUUCCCUAUAAAGUGCACUACCUGGUCAAAAGUAGUGCACUACAUAGGGAAUAGGGUGCCAUUUGUGACUCAGACAAAAUGCUGACCUCCCAGUCUCCCUGUCAGUUGUACAAGCAGACUAAUCCACCAUGCUUACAGUACCAUAGUUCUGAUGGGAUGAUGUAAUGUAGUGCAUCCUCUGCAUGUCAACUACCAGAUGCCACUUUAGAGUCGGAGAGAGAAGUCAUCCCAACCAUUUUGGGGGAUGGUCUACUCUGCAGGAUUUGCUACAGUACUAUUCAGUCGGUAGUUACUUAUUUAUUCAUUUUCAAAAUCUUGUAAUCCAGAUAACAACCACUUGUAGUCAUUAGGAAUGGCAUGUAAUUUCAUAAUAAAACAAAACUACAGUACAAUGAUUUAUGAUGACAUAAUGAUCAAGUGUGUGUGUUUGUGUUUGUGUGUCCAGGACGUGGAGGCCAACACGGUGCGUCUGAAAGAGCAUUAUCAGGAUGUUCUGGUGCUGGAGAAGAGCCCCAGCAGCAGCAGCCAGGUUUCCACCCAUGGCUCGACCACCACCUCCUCCUCCUCACACUACAAGUACUGA